ACAAUAAAUAUUGCGCCUCACCCUGUGCUAUUCAAAUCAGCACCCGCUACAGCUGCAGUGGUUUUGAGAAGGAAGAAAUUUGCAUUGGUAUCAAUUCAGUGCCAAGGGAAGCUCAGUAUUUUCUCACCAACAAUGAGGAAGAUUUAUCCUUAGAGCAGGGCAGGAUUUAGGGGCUGGAAUCCGUGUCCCUUUGCUGACGCAUUGCCUUUGACUUCUCAGGGUGGGUUCACCUUUCUCUUGCCCGCAGGAGCUUAACUUGUGUCCUUUCGGGAAGAAAGAAGUCAUGGCACGAACCACAGGGCAGAUGGGAUUCUGUGAUUUGCCAGCCCUAUAGGGACAGCAUCAAACUGAGCUGCGUGGGAUGGUGAAGGAGAGAGCUCACAUCUCCCAUGCAGCCCAGGGAGAGCUUCGUGUCUCUUUCCCGUGCUGCCACCAACCGGCUGUCACGAAGCAGUGCUGGGUCUGCCCUGCCUGGCCUCUGCUGAGCCUAUGGGCUCCUCUUUGGGCCAACAACAGGGGGAAGAGCAUUUACAGCCUUGGGCAAUGCUCCUGGUCCUUCCUGGGAGCCACCAGACAGUGUAACAGGCUUAAUUAGUAACAAUACAAGAAUCAUUCAAUCACCUUGCAAUGAACUGCAGACAUUACUGCGCCGCUUUUCACCCGGAAGGAUCCCAGCCACAAAUACCUCCAUGUCUACUACAUCGCACCAGGACCUACUCAAGGAGGCUGAGGGGGGGGGAUCCAGACAAAUGUGACAUCUGGGGGAAUACCCCUCUCCACUUGGCAGCAGCCAAUGGCCACCUCAACUGCCUUUCCUUCCUCAUCUCUUUUGGGGCCAACAUCUGGUGCCUGGACAAUGACUACCAUACCCCGCUGGACAUGGCAGCCAUGAAGGGGCACAUGGAGUGUGUGCGAUACCUGGACUCGAUUGCUGCCAAGCAGAGCAGCCUCAACCCCAAGCUGGUGAGCAAACUGAAGGACAAGGCCUUUAGGGACGCGGAGCGGAGGAUUAAAGACUGUGUGAAGCUGCAGAAGAAGCACCACGAAAGGAUGGAGAAGCGGUACAGAAAGGAGAUGUCAGAUAAUUCGGAUACCAUGAGCUUCUCCAGCUAUUCAAGCAGCACCUUAAGCAAGAAGUUUCAGCACAUGUCUAUGGUGACUUCCCUGCCAUACUCCCAAGCCACCAUCCACGGCACAGCCAAGGGAAAGACGAAGAUACAGAAGAAGCUGGAGAAGAAGAAGCAGGUAGACGGGACGUUCAAGAUCUACGAGGAUGGGAGGAAAAGCGUGCGGUCCCUGUCUGGUCUGCAGCUGGGGAACGAUGUCAUGUUUGUGAAGCAGGGCACGUACGCCAGCCCCAAGGAGUGGACCCGGCGUAAUAUCCGAGACAUGUUCCUCACGGAUGAAGACACUGUCUCCCGUGCCAUAAGCGACCCAGGUUUGCACAUGGACUCGGCCCAUUCGGAAGUCAGCACUGACUCUGGCCACGACUCCUUGUUCAACCGCCCCGGGCUGGGCACCAUGGUGUUCCGGCGCAACUACGUCAGCGGUGGGCUCUUUGGGAUCGGCCGGGAGGACGCUGGCACGUUGGGUGAAGACAACACGGAUGGGAUAGGUGUCAAACUGCGGAGCCGCCUGCAGCGCUCGCCAAGUCUCAACGAUAGCAUUGGCAGUGCCAACAGCCUGCAGGAGAGGAACGCGGAGGAGCUGCCCUGGGAUGAGGUGGAGCUGGGCUUAGAUGAUGAUGAUGAACCAGACACCAGCCCCUUGGAGACUUUUCUGGCUUCCCUGCACAUGUUUGAGUUCAUCUCCAUCUUGAAGAAGGAAAAGAUUGACUUGGAGGCCCUCAUGCUGUGUUCAGACAAUGACCUGAAGAGCAUCAAUAUCCCGUUAGGACCCAGGAAAAAGAUUGUGGAUGCCAUCCAGAGGAGACGACAGACUCUGGAGAAGCCAGAUGUCAUUGUAGACACUGAACUAUAGCAUCGUCGUUUCUGUUUUUAAUGAUCCAGAAACAAACCCAGUUCUAAGUUGCCAGAAAACACAAGCCAGAGACUCCCUUCCUGGGCCAGCUGAAAGCUACAGCCAUCCCCAUCGGUCCCUCUGGACUGCCCUCCUGCUCCCUCGCUCUGCUCCCUGUCUGUGCGAUGCUCCCAGGCGGUACCUGCUACGGAGGGAUGACGGCUGAGAUCGGACCAGGCAGCUCCUGCCAACCUUGAAGGGAUGAUGGUCAUUGCUCGCUGGAGGAAGAUGCGUGCUGCACUGUGCUGUCAAUGGCUGCGAGACCACACAAGCCAGGAGUGGAAGGAGAUAGGUGAUAAUGCUAACAAAGGGACCUAAAAUAAACAGUUCCAAUCCA